UGGAUGUUUUAUUUCCAAUAGUGUGAAAGAAGACAUGGUUUAUGGAAGCAAAAUAUUAUAAAUCAGAAAAACAAUUGUCAGGAACAAUAAAUAAACUGUAGAUUUUGGCGCAUGUAAGCGUUACUUAAAUGGAAAAAAAACAUACUGCCUUUAAAAAUAAAAAAACCUAGAAUUAAAUAAUUGUAUUUUACACUAAAAUGCAUGUUUUAUUUCACUAGUCUGAAAAAGAGAAGUCAAGUGCAUUAAAAACAACGUGUUUGCCUCUGGCUUCUGAAAAUACAUCGGACACAAAAAGUGUGUUUUAAAAAAUCAAACCUGUAGUCCGCAUACAUAUGCAUUGACAAUCCUUCAGCAAAGCAACAGGAAGACCGUUUAAAGUAAUCAAGUGCUAACUACCUUCCAGUUUUUCUCCAUCUGUUGUUCUGCUUGUUUUCCAGAAGCUCGGCCUCUCCAAGAGGCUUGUGUUGAUGCACAGAUGAUCGCAGAUCUUCGGCGUCCUGAUGACGUGCUGUGAGACCAUGUCCCUGCAGAGCGUCACGACUGAUCUCCAGCGCCGCCAGAUCCGGGAGAGCCGGGCUCUGGACUUCCAGAGACACUAUCAUGUGACCGACCCGUUUAUAAAGCGUCUGGGGCUGGAGGCGGAGCUACAGGGUCACUCUGGCUGUGUGAACUGUCUGGAGUGGAAUGAGAGAGGAGAUCUCCUGGCCUCAGGUUCGGAUGACCAGCACGCCAUCAUCUGGGAUCCGUUCCGGCACUCCAAGCUCAUCACGAUGCACACGGGACACGCAGCCAACAUCUUCUCUGUGAAGUUCCUGCCUCACUCCGAGGACCGGAUCUUGAUCACAGGAGCCGCUGACACCAAGGUGCACGUGCACGACCUGACGGCGAAGGAGACCACUCACAUGUUCUCCGACCACACCAACCGCGUCAAGCGCAUCGCGACGGCACCCAUGUGGCCCAACACCUUCUGGAGCGCCGCGGAGGACGGGCUCAUUCGGCAGUAUGAUCUGAGAGAGAGCAGUAAACGCUCCGAGGUGUUAAUCGAUCUGACGGAGUACUGUGGGCAGCUCGUGGAAGCCAAAUGUCUGGCCAUCAACCCUCGUGACAACAACUACCUGGCAGUGGGGGCCAACGGGCCCUUCGUCCGGCUCUACGACAUCAGGAUGAUCCACAAUCACAGGAAGUCUAUGAAUCAGAGUAGCUCAGCCGGAGUUCAUACGUUUUGUGACAAGCAGAAAUCGAUCCCGGACGGCGCUGGACAGUACUACGUCGCAGGUCACUUACCCGUGAAGCUUCCUGACUAUAACAACAGAUUACGAGUUCUGGUGGCCACCUACGUCACCUUCAGUCCUGACGGCACCGAGCUGCUGGUGAACAUGGGAGGAGAGCAGGUUUAUUUAUUUGAUCUGACGUUCAAACAAAGGCCGUACACAUUUCUGCUGCCCAAAAAAUGCCACACGUCAUCAGAUGUACAGAAUGGGAAGACCACCAAUGGUGUGACCAAUGGGAUGCAUCUUCCUGCCAGCCGCCUCAAACUAGAUAAAGUCUCCAGUGAUCUUCCUCCUCAUCUGGAGCGGAUCAAGCUGCAGGCUAACGAAGCGUUCGCGCGCCAGCAGUGGACUCAAGCCAUCCAGCUCUACAGUCUGGGCAUCCAUGAAGCCGGACACAACGCCAUGCUGUACGGAAACCGCGCCGCCGCGUACAUGAAGAGAAAGUGGGACGGAGAUCUGUACGACGCACUGCGUGACUGUCUGAAGGCCUUGUCUCUGAACCCGGCUCAUCUGAAGGCACACUUCCGCUUAGUGCGCUGCCUGUUUGAGCUCAAGUACAUCGCCGAGGCUCUGGAGUGUCUGGAUGACUUCAAGAGCAAGUUUCCGGAGCAGGCGCACAGCAGCGCAUGUGACGCGCUCGACAGAGACAUCAAGGCGGCCCUCUUCUCAAAAACAGACUCCUCUGAUGACAAGAAGGGGAACAGCUCCGUCCGCUUCCAUAACUUCAGCCGGAAGGAGUCCAUCCCUGAGGAUGAGAUCGUGCUGAGAGAGCGCAGCUUUGACUACAAGCAUCGCUACUGUGGACACUGCAACACCACCACGGAUAUUAAAGAAGCCAACUUCUUCGGAAGUAAAGGCCAGUACAUCGUGAGCGGCUCAGACGACGGCUCGUUCUUCAUCUGGAACAAAGAGACGACGAACCUGGUGCGGAUCUUACAGGGGGACGAGUCUAUAGUGAACUGUCUUCAGCCGCAUCCCAGCUACUGCUUCCUGGCCACCAGCGGCAUCGACCCCGUGGUGCGGCUCUGGAGCCCAAGACCCGAGUCGGAGAACGAGAACUGUCGGGUGGUGGAGGACAUGGAGGGUGCAGCCCAAGCCAACCAGAAGCGCAUGAAUGCGGAUCCGCUGGAGGUGAUGCUGCUGAACAUGGGUUAUCGUAUCUCGGGUCUGAGCAGCCGAGGCACCGAGGGCUCUGAUGAGGAGGAGAGCUCAGAGAGCCAGGUUCAGUGUCGCUCCAGCUAGAACCGCUCCACAUCUCACCUUCCUCAAAGCAAAGCACCUUGGAUCCUUACUUUGCGAUUUCAGUUCUUCGACACGAAGCUGAGUGAAUGAAUGCUGCCGCUCCGCACUAUGCAGAUAGAAGUGAGAAACCCAACUUCCCUCUUUCAGUUUCCCUUCGCAAAGUCCAAGCACUUACAGAUCAGUAUCCACAACACAUUCAGUGUGCCGUCAGGUUAAAGCUUGUUUCCAAAGUUGCACAGCGCUUGGGUCUUUCUAAUGCGGGGCUUGCUUGUGGAUGCGAUUUUGUCUCGUUUUGUUUCUUUCCCGAAUGAUCUAGAUGAUCUCUGAGCGCCAGAGGACAGAAAAUGAGUGUUAUUGUUCAUAGAAAUAUGUUUGUAGGUCUGCAGCACUUUCAUUUGGAAUUUAUUCUGGAGAAUAAACAGUGUUUCUGUUCGA